AUGGAUAACUUGGAUAGAUUGUUUAAUCAAAUCAAGAAAGAGAAAGAUCGACUUGAUAUUCUCUUUGCUAAUGCAGCCACUGGUGGUUCUGCACCACUUCGUUCGAUCACCGAAGAACACUUUGACAACUUAUUCAAUGUCAAUGUGAAAGGUGUGUUAUUCACUGUUCAAAAGGCUUUACCGAUAUUGGUUGAUGGUGGAUCGAUUAUCUUGAAUGCAUCUACUGCAUCUGUAAAAGGAAAUCCAGGGAUGAGCUGCUACAGUGCUACAAAAGCUGCUCUUCGUUCAUUUGCUCGUUGUUGGACAAUGGACUUGAAAGACCGAAAGAUUCGAGUCAAUACUUUGAGUCCAGGCCUAAUUGACACACCAAUGGCGAGACGCAUUGGUGGUAGCGAAGAGAAAGCCAAAGAAUUCGCCGACCGUUUUUUGACUGCUGUACCAAUGAAUCGUCUAGGCACGCCGGAUGAAGUUGCUAAAGCUGCGGUGUUUCUUGCAUCCGAUGAUAGCAGUUAUGUAACAGGCAUCGAACUUUUUGUCGACGGCGGUCGAGCACACAUAUGA